AUGCAACUCGUGCGUCGCCUCCUGCUUCUUCCAAAUCGUGUUUGGCUUACGUCAGUUAAGAUGAGUACGACUAGUAAAUCCUGGGUCAACGACCCCAUCUCAAAACAGAAGAAGGAGCUCCGCAAAGAAGUACAGCAGCGAUUCUUGAGUAUCUCAGCUGAAGAACAAGUACAACAGAGUAAUAAAGUCCUUGAGAAGAUUUUGGCUGCACCUUGGUUCAAAGAUGCGAAACGAAUCUCCAUUUAUUCAAGCGCAAAAUAUGGAGAGAUACAAACCGACAAAAUUGUCAAAGCAAUAUUGGAUCACGACAAAAUUGCAUUCGUCCCCCAGUUCACAACAGGCAAUCUUCUAAUGAAAUUAUUGAAAGUACCCUCGUACGAAGCAUACGAAAAAAUGGAGCCGUAUCGCUAUGGCAUACGUCAGCCAAAAGACGAGGACAACUGGGAACCGUAUGAGAAGUCUGGUCCUCUAGAUCUCGUGCUUCUGCCAGGAGUGGCGUUUACAAAAAAUGGUGAUAGGCUCGGUCAUGGCAUGGGCUAUUACGAUCGAAUGCUAGCGGACCACAAAAAUCGUUUUGGAAGGCUGCCAAUAAUGUACGGCCUGUCUCUCAGUCAACAGAUGGUCGAUAGCGUACCGCUUAGCGAUACGGACAUCAAAUUAGAUGGAGUGAUUUGUGCAGAAUAG